AUGCCAGUUUUUAUGCACAAAUAUAUUGAGUGGGUCGUCAAUGUUGAGGGGGACGGUAAUUGCGGUUACCGAGCCGUCUCGACUUUUCUUGGUAAUGAAGAGGAUAGCCAUACGCUUGUUUGUCAUCAACUUAUUCAAGAGUUUAAGACACAUAAAGACUCGUACAUGCGGUUAUAUGGAGAGCAAGAUAAAUUUGAAGCGGUUUACGAAGCUCUUGUUCCAUGGUUCAAUGAUUACGCACUGGUGUCAAAAUGGAUGAGAUUCCCGAAAAUGGGACAUCUUAUUGCAUGUGCAUUUGAUAGGGUGUGCAUUGACUUGAUGCAAUACGGGUUUUCAGAAACCCUUUUUCCGCUCCGCACCGCACCACCUAUAAAUCUAAAUGAUCACAUCAUGUUUAUUGGAUGA